AUGGCCCAGGACGAUGAUCCAUCGGCUUGGGAGUUUCGCUUCGACCGAAAACCCGUUUCAUCAAACCCCGUGAUCGCAAACCUCGAUAUCGAAUAUAGUGAAUUGGCUCAGUCAUGGAAGGCCUUUAUUCGCCAUGUACCGGCUGAAAAUCGUGUGGUAUGGGAGGAGCGGCCUCAGACGGCUACCGAUGUUCAGGCUCUGGUGCGCAACCUACACACCCUUUGGAUGUCUCGGCCUCGCCAGCGGGUUACCGGCCUCUGUGAUCGAUUCGUCCCCACUAUCGAAUCUCAUGCUCAGAUUCUUGCUGUCCUUCCCGAUGGUAAUUUGUACUAUACCCCGUUACUCUAUGGGGUGCUGCAGUCGGUGAUCAAAGCAUCGUCAAAUUACCACCGGAUCCUCGAAGGACUUCUUACCGCAUUAAAUAAUAUCACUAGUGCCAUCAAGCCCCCCGCGGAUCUCAAUGCGUCCCACCGGGAGCCCGUGGCCGAAAUCUACACUCUGAUCUUUUUGUUCCUAAAUGAAUUUAUGGAUUGGUAUGUGCGGAGGUCUACGUGCCACCUAUUGAGGAGUUACAGCCAAGACGCCUAUGCCCACUUCCACCCCCUAGUCCUUUGCAUUCAACGGCAGGCUCAAACUCUCUCCGGGUCCUCGGAUGCAAUGGAUGUCGAUGAUGGCUGGGACUCCGCAUACAGCCCACGCGCCCUGUGGGAAGAGUCGCAGCUCAGUCAAGUCGGACGGGAAGGAAAGCGACGCCGACACGCAGCCCAAAAUACCAUGACCCGACGCCUGAUUUGGGAUAUUCAACAAGAUGCAGAGAAACGUGAUCAGUUGAGGGAGACACGGGACAAGCUCUUGAAGCAGAUGCUACAGAAUACAACAGAACAACUAAUUCCUGCAGAAGAGCAGAGCAACCGUAUUGUGUGCUUGACUACCGCCGCACCGGACCUUGUAACACCCCUUGUGGAAUGGUCUCGGGGGUCCAAGCGUCGUCUAGCCCGUCUUGAGCUUCAGAGUGAAUCCAAGCAUCUCCAGCCCUUCUUCGAUUGCGAGGAUCAGAUUCCACACUGUGACCCGGACGCCAAGGUUGUGACGGAAGCCAAUGUGAUAACGUCCCUCAAGAAAUGGGUCACUAGUCCUCGUUCCCAGGCUCUAGCCGUUGCCGGGUCCCAAUCUGGAGAAUCGCUGAGCCCUGUGUCCCUGAUCGCCGCAUCUUACGCCUUUUUCGCUCGCGAGGCGGACCUUCCGACCCUCUCUCACUUCUGCAAGCUUUCUUCCAAAGAGGUUCCGGGACAGACCCCUCAUCAGCAAGGGCUGAUUGCUCUGACCUAUAGUCUGAUCCGACAGAUGAUCGAUAACUUACCGACGGUGGUUGAUAGUGACUCAUUACUUGAUCUCACUGCGGAGCGGUUCCGUCCUAUUGAUGGCACUCUGGGUAGUUGGACAGCGGCCUUAUCGCUGGUGGACACUCUGCUCCAUUUUGCACCGCCGUUAUUGGUCCUCAUUAUUGAUGGUAUUGAUAUAAUCCACGAUGAAACGACGGAUGAUGCUUUGCGAGAAUUGAUCCGCGUGCUACUCACGCACACCCGUCAUCAACCGCCUAGCGGAGACAGUCCUGGCCCCACGUUCUUGUUCAAGGUUCUCUUUACCGUCGCCGGGCGUCCGAGCGCAUUGGUCGAGGCCAUGUCCGAAAACGAACUCGUUGUGAGCGAACCCACCCUGGCCGACGAACCCUCGGCAUCAGAAAUUGUUCUGACCUCUGACCUUGGUGCAGUCAUGAUGAAUGCAUAA